AUUGCGGAGGCUGCUCAGCGCGAGCCUGUGGUCAACACUAAAGUCAAAUUGCGCGUGGAAAAUAAGUCUAAUCUUUUUGUUCAUGUGUGUUGGUUCAGGUUCAGGUCUCCUUUGAGAGAGUUCAGUGUGAAUCUUGGCACUGUAAGAGAGAGAGAGAGAGAGAGAGAGAGAGAGAGAGAGAGAGAGAGAGAGAGAGAGAGUGCGCGCGCGCGCGCGUGUGCGUGCGUGCGUCCGUCCGUCCCGCAUUGACAGUAGGCGCUACGGAUACACACCGAGCCUCGACUAGCGCUUUGUAUUGCAGCCCGAAGCCACCAUGGACUGAAAGGAUCUUUCUUUACGCGCUGCCCAUAAACACAGAUCUGCUAUGAAAGCUUCGUGGUGACCGGAAAUCCUCUCUGUUUUUGCGCUAAGGUGCCAAAAUUAAAGCUAAAGCGAGUAAAGAUGAAGCAGCAUGGAGUGUGUGUUUUACUGACGCUGUGGCUCUUUAUGGAGUGUAUAGAAGCAAAGAAGUACUGUUGGUAUUUUCAAGAAGGAUAUCCCACCUACUUCAUAUGCCGCUCGUAUGAGGACUGUUGUGGGACUCGCUGUUGUGUGCGUGCUCUGUCCAUCCAGAGACUCUGGUACUUCUGGCUGUUGCUGAUGAUGGGAGUGCUUUUCUGCUGCGGAGCUGGUUUUUUCAUUCGCCGACGUAUGUAUCCAUCUCCUCUGAGCGAAGAGCCCGCCUUUAACGUGUCAUUCACCAGACACCCUGUGAGCACACCAGUUUCUCAGCAGCCUGGUAUUCAGGGCUAUGGUGACCCCAGCGUUGCCAUGACAAUGCCUCUGGCUCCGGCCUACCCGGGCCAACCAAGCACAGCCCACAUGAUGAGUUCAUACCCACCGCCGCCGUCCUACUGCAACCAUCCUCCACCAUCUUAUGACCAGGUCUUCAAUUCCACAGAAAAGAAGUAGGUCCAGAUGGUCACCAUGGCACAACACACUCCAGCAGAUCAGCGAUCUGAGUCAGGACAACUCGACAUGAUGCUGCCCUGAACCUCUGGCAGCCUACAACUCAGUCUCGAGUAGCUUCAAGUGGCUUGUUUUAAUUUUGUGUGCUUGUUUUAGGAUACAGCAUUUUUUAUGUUCAUUGUUCAACAUUUUAGAGGUGGACAGAGCUGCUUUUAUUGGACUGUGUAUUUAAAUAAAACAAUUUAAAAAAAGAACAUGAAGAUUUUCUGGAUGGAAGGACAUGCAGAACAUGAACUGCAUCUCAGCUCAAAUAUUCAGAGUUUCAGAGUUCAGGGUAAAGGAACUGGGUGGAGGCAAAAGAUGGAUAAUGGUACACUGGAAAGAGGAUUGCAGUAAAUCCAACUGUGUCGUGAUUUUACUGUUGUUCAGUAACUGUACAGACAAAAAUGACUUAUCUUUGAAGGACAUCUUCCCUUACCAAGUCCACUGUGCUGGUUGGGCAGUUUGGAAGCCUGGAGGCUUGGAACAGAGAAAAUCAGACCAUCUUUACUAGGGACUGUAGCAAGGACUUUGUUGUGUUUGAAGAAGAGGAACUUUGCAGGCACCGACAAUUUCUGUGCUGAAGCAGAGUGUGAAGACACAUCCUAAGGCAACUGAGCAGAGUGUGGUGAUAACUAAGCCGGCAGGACAGCACACCUUUCAAUCCAAUACUCAAGCAGGUCAAUACAGGUCAUUCAUUCAUCCUCGUAAUCCAUUAUACACCAAAGGCCAUUGGUUAUUGUAAGUGAAGGUCAGAUCCUGAAUCAGCUUCAUCUUCAAAUAGCUUGACGGUGUUAUAACUGAUGAGGACAAGGCCAAGGUUAGUCCAUCCCUGAUACCCAGCAUGCAGCCAUUUCACUGCCAUACAUACAGCCAAGCUGAGGUCAAGCCACCUUGCCCAAAUGUAAGUGAUCAAAAUCAGUUACUUUGUUUUCCUAAUGUAGUUACUGGACUUGCCAUUUUACCCUUGAACAUGAAGGCAGUCUGGUGAUCCUCUGUAACUUGUUCCAAUCAUAAAUACAUGUAAAAGUGUCCAGGACCGAAAGCGUUCGCUCAAAAGCACACUCUUGAUGGAUGGAGAUAAGAACUACAAAGUGCACAAUUAACAGCUAGUAUGAACUUUUAUGCUUUUUAGCAAUUUAUAGCUUUGUGGUUGAAAGAAAAGUGCAUAAAACCUAGGCAGAAACUCAGCCCAAAAAUGACAAUAAAUUAUUAUUCUUAUCACA